CGUCGGAGUACACUCCCUAUCCUGGCCUUCAGUCCACGCCUCAUCUCCUCUUAUGCAAGAGAUGAGUGCUUGCGACCAGCUCCUUGCAAUGGGAGAGUGCAGCAGAGAGACUUCGGAGAGCGUUUGAAGGCAUUUUCGAGUGUCGUCUCAGUCGUCCUCUUUCGCUGCCCCAAAAUGGAAGAUCUGAUGUGUGAAAGGGUGCUUUUUCGCAUAAAGCGGGAUGUCUUGCUGACCAGCCUGCACUCAGUUGUUAUGAUGUGUGGGCACUGUUGCCGUGGCGAUUCGUCUUCAGAGUCUCCAUCAGCCAAAACAAACCAGGCGGUGGAAAAAGUCCUGUAA